AUGGCUGUCUACUCCAAAGACAAAAAGCUCAACGCCAACCUCAAGAGGCUCGAUCAGCAACAUAGAGAUGCGGUGCGGUCAGCCAAAAACACAGAAAUUCUGCUCCAGGAAGAUGCAGGAUUCCUAGAAGCCGAGGGCAUGGAAAAAACCUACAAGUUUGUGCAAGACGAUAUAGUUAAGGAGGUCGAUCAGGCAACAGCAAACAAGCGAUUCGAGCUCAAGCUGGAGGAAUUUGGCCCUUACACGCUGGAUUACUCGAGGAACGGUCGCGAUCUACUUAUAGGAGGCAAGAAGGGUCAUGUGGCCUCGUUUGACUGGAGACUGGGCAAACUGGACUGCGAAAUGCAUCUCAACGAAACCGUGCAUGCGGUCAAAUAUUUGCACAAUAACCAGUACUUUGCCGUCGCGCAGAAAAAAUACGUCUUCAUCUACGACAAAACAGGAAUGGAACUUCAUAGACUCAAACAGCAUAUCGACUCCACACUCCUCGAUUUCCUCCCUUACCAUUUCUUGCUUACGUCAUCAGGAAACACCGGGUUCCUCAAGUACCACGACGUGUCCACGGGAGAGCUGGUGGCUGAGCAUCGCACGAAGCUGGGCCCCACUCAGUGCAUGAGACAGAACCCGUGGAACGCGGUGAUGCAUCUAGGACAUGCCAAUGGCCAGGUAACUCUGUGGUCGCCCAGCAUGCCCACUCCGCUGGCCAAAGUUCUUGCCUGUCGCGGGCCUGUGCGGGCCCUUGCGAUCAACAGAGACGGAAGGCACAUGGUCGUUGCAGGAGCAGACAAAACGCUCAAAUUAUGGGACAUUCGCAAUUUUAAAGAGAUAGAUUCAUAUUACACUCCAACACAAGCUAAUACGGUGGACAUUUCCGACAAGGGUCUGGUUUCUGUGGGCUGGGGGCCCCAUAUCACGGUCUGGAACUUCUUGAAAACCCACCAGAACUCGCCAUACAUGAAUCACAUGAUCCCUGCUUCACAGAUCCAGACCACGAGGUUUGUGCCAUUCGAGGAUAUAUUGGGCUGUGGACAUAGUAAAGGGAUCUCCUCUGUUAUUGUGCCGGGUGCCGGAGAGGCCAACUUUGAUGCACUCGAAGUCAACCCGUACGAGACAGCAAAACAGCGACAACAGACCGAGGUCAGAUCUUUGCUCAACAAACUGCAGCCUGACAUGAUCACGCUGGACCCUAACGUGAUCGGUAGCGUUGAUAAGCGCGCUCCAUCUAAAAGACUCACUGCUAAAGACCUUGCGGAGCUGCAACCCUCGCAACCUGGACAGGAGAUCGAAAAGAAGAUCAAGCCCGAGGUCAAGGGCAAGAACUCCACGGUCCGCAAAGCCAAACGGAAGCUGCGUCAAAACGUCAUCAACGAGAGGGCCAAGCGCAUCGAGCGUGCUCUUGAGAGAGAGAAAAUUCUCAGGAAACAGAAACACGAUUUCUCAAAGGGCAUCCAACCCGAGAAGGAUGUUCUCGAAGGAGCCCUUGGUAGAUUCAAAUAGAAACCUCCAAUUAAUCGCUUACUCGCUCUCUUCAAAUAACUCUUUGUCGAUCUCUGGAUCAAUGGUGAAUGGUUCGGGCACAGGAGCCUCAGUAUUGCUCUUUUCUCUCACGGUCUUGAUUCUAUCGAAUGGCUCGUUUGGAGACAGGUCCUGCAAAACAACGAUUCCUCCCAUUCCUUUGAACUUCCUCACCGGGACAAAUCUCUCGUUCUUCGAAAAUGUGACGUACUUAAGUUGAGCAGGCACAACUCUGGUCAUGUUUUCAAACUGGUACGGCUCUUUCACAUAGAAGGAUUCUGGCUGCGUCUCCGCGGUACCAUUGGUGGCCUCAGACUCAACCUUCUUCUCUUUCUCGUCCUCCACUUUUUCCUUCUUUUCAUCAAGAUCCAUCUUAUCUUCAUCCUUAGCGUCUUUCUUAGCCUUGUCUUUCUUUGCAGCUCUGGCUUUGGCACGGGCAGUAGUCGAAAGAACUGCCGUGGCAAUCUUGUCUGGUUGUUUUUCCACCUGGGCCUCGGACUUAGGAGGAUAGCUGAAGACCUCUGGCUUGGUAUGACAGUUGAUCUUGAAUUUCGGCACCUUCAGGUCCUCCGUGACACCGAUAAUGGCAGUUGGACUGAACGACAACGAAAGAAAAUGGGUAAGCGGGAACCAGUACCAGAACUGUGAGAACAGAGUCAAUCCCACAAUUGCUUUCAUGUUCAGUGUAUUGGUCUGAGCAUGCUCUAGUUGGAUAGUGACAUUUCUUCCGCCAGCAUCUAAAAUACCUUCGGCCAGUGCAGCACCGAAUUUGGCGAGAGAAUCCUCGUGCUUGUUGGACACCGUCUUAACCAGCUGUUCUCUAAAUUCCUUCACUUUGGGAUAAGUCUUUUCAUUCUGUUGUAUUAAGAUCAUAGAUUUCGCAAUUGUGGCACCUUGUCUAACAAAAUCUGUAGCAUCUUUGGUUAAAGGUUCAAGCACAUCGAUGGCUGCCUGCAGACCGCGACCAGCGCAUGAAAUUCCCAACGCCAUGGCAGUGCCGUACCUCACGUGAGGAUUGUAGGAUUCAGAAAGCAGCUCGACAAUCUUGGGGACGGUGGUGUAAUCACGCAGCAAGAUGAACCCAAGCGCCAUCACAGCAGCUCUUCUCACGUUGUCCGAGGAGUCGGAAACGGCAAUGUGCAAAAGUCUUCUGAUUGCAUUGUUGUCUGCAGUUCCACAAUAGGCCAGAGCCAAUGUGAAACAUCCACCGUAUCGAAGAAUGGAGUCCUGAUGCUCUAUCAGUUUCUCAAUCACUGGUUCGGCUGUUGUCUCCUUUCCGUAGCAAAGAAGAGCUAUACCGAUCGAAAGACCUCUAAUGAUGGUUUCGUGUUGAGUUUCCUGGGCGUAUGCCAACAUGUCGUGAAUAGCUGCCUCAUUUCCGGAUCCCAGCAUCACAAGACCCAUUCCAAAGGCGGCGGCCUCACCAGAAAUCGCAGAGUCGGUGUACAAUAUUGUUUUCAGCUCCUCGUAAAUAGACUCAUCUCCAAGAGCCAUGGCAGCCACACCAAGCCCCAAACAUGCACCAUGCAAAAUGAUAUCUGUGUUCUUGUUGUCAGCGGAGUUGCUGUUAUCAACCACGAUUUUUCUAAGAUACUCAAUGACCUCUGCCCCGUGGCCGGCAUAUAUGAAGCCCAAGCCAAAGAGAGAUCCACCAUUGGUGUAUGGUGAAGGCGUACUUCCUGGUAAAUAUGGUUGCAACACAGUCCUGCCCUGAGACAGGUUUCCUUUAUGAAUAACACCCAGUGCUGCAGUUGCCGAAAAUUUCGACCAGUUGUUGGCCUUUCCAAGCCAUUCGAGGUUGGAUCUGAAAAACGAGUCGUCGGUAGUUCCAGCAUGCAUGAAGGCAUUCUGGAAUGUCACUGCAGAGUGGAAAAUCGAAUUUCUACCGUCCAAUACUUUUUUCGAAGUGUUGAGGAUCGAAAUGUCGGUAUUGUUGUUGUCGGAGAGGAACGUGAUGUCUAAGUCACAUGUUGGCACCCCGGAGAGGAUCUUUCUGAGCUUGACCACGUUUUUGUUCGACUUAUCCAGAUCUGGAUCCGAGUCGAUGAUUUCUGCAGUUUUUGUGAGCAGUUCCUGCGAGGCGACGCUGACGAGAUCAAAGGCGAUCUGGAAGGCAAUAAGUGCUUUUUCGUGCGAGCCCAUAAGGUCCUUGAAGAUCUUGCGAACAAGCUUGAAAUCGUUGAGCUGCACGAUGAUCUUGGUGAUGAUGGUGUAAUCUGGGUUGUUGAAGGAGACGAGGGUCAAGAUCAGAGAGUUUAGGAUUCGGGUACGGAAAUCAAUGUUGUAGGAGACAGUGGUGCAGCAGGUGAGGAUGUAGCCAAUCAGGCUGGAAACGAUCUCUUCGCUGUUGCUUUCCUUAGCCAGUGUAUCGAUUAUGGACGUAACAAUGUCCUGUCGGUAACUCUCGAGGGCAAUUCCCAAAGCGAGCUUGUGCUCUCCCUGGACAACGCACUUGUGCACCAUUGUUUCAAAAAUACUCUUCAAUUGCGGGUCAAUGGCCACCUUCUCGUCGGAGAAAUUGGCCCGCGACAGCGAGAUGUACUGGUUGAUGCACUUGGAUACAAUGGUCUGAGAGUACUCUGUAUUUUCGUCCACGUUGAAUUCCUUGCCCGCAAGCAGUGAGUACUUCACAGAGGAGUCGUAGUCGCCCAAAUUGUAGUACACUUUCGAGGCCACCAGCGCAGCAAGGUGUCUGUUGGCGAACUGCUCGUCCUCGUACAGCUGUUCAAUUUCGGCGAUGUUGUUCGCAAUCUCCGCCCACAAUUGGUCGACCACGUUGUUCAGCGACCUCAAAGCGUACACCUUGAGGUCUGGAUCGUGUUCUUCCAGAAGCGAGAGGUAUGGGGCCGCAGAAGUGAUUGCCGUCAUUUUGCC